AUGAUGAGGACUACUGUACGGGCUACGAUAGCCGUGGCGCUAGUCGCGACGGUGUUCUUGGUGAAAAUUCACUUGGAUUCCUUGUCGCAAUGGCAAGAUCCGGGUCGCAGGACUUCAACUCGCGACACUUACGUGCUAGAUGGCGACGCAUAUAUCGAGCUGGUCUCGGCUGAACCUACGGCGACAACGUCCAACCCUACGCGGAGGAAAUGGGUUCCCACGGCGCGACCAACUCCUCGGUCCAUGGCCGCCAGUGCGAAAUCGAAAAAUAUUCCCGUUGAUGUCCCCGGCGCGGAAUGGUCGUGGGGAGGCCCUUGGUACCAACCCAGCAGGUCGAGCAAAUUGACCAAUUCGCAAAACCUGCAUGCCCAGCAGCUCGGGCCGAUACAACAGCUCCAGCAGGAGAAUAGACGAAAGGCCACGCCUUCGGCAAGUGCGCCGCCCCGUCCAAAAAUCACCCCGAAGUCGGAUCGCAUAAUUGUUCUCGGGAGAAUGUCAUACGAAGAUAGUAGUUGGCUGGAAGAUGAGCUGCCUGAAUGGCAGCAUGCAGUAUACACAGUUGACGACCCAACAGCAGCACUCACCGUCGACCAGAACAAAGGCAAAGAAAGCAACACAUACCUCAAGUACAUACUGGACAACUACGACAAAUUGCCCGAAUACAUGGUCUUCCUACACGCGCACCAAUACAGCUCCCAUGUAGAAUUCUGGGAGCAGGACAACGUCCUCACCGUCCAAAGACUGCAACUCGACUAUCUUCGCAAAGCAGGCUACGUCAAUCUACGCUGCGACUGGAGUCCCGGCUGCCCCGACGAAGUCCAACCAUUCCGCCAAAUGGCAGGUCGUACGACCGAGCUCGCCUUUGCAGGUGCUUGGAUGCGCAUCUUCAAUAACACCGAUGUCCCUGAGAUGGUCGCAACGCCUUGCUGUGCCCAGUUUGCCGUGACAAGAGAGCAGGUUCUCAAGCGUCCGCGCAGUGACUAUGAGAAUUAUCACCAUUGGCUUAUGACGACAGAGUUGGAUGACGAGACGAGUGGUCGUGUCUUUGAAUACCUGUGGCAUAUUAUUUUCGGGCAGGAUCCCGUGUUUUGUCCGGCAAAGGCGCAGUGUUAUCGCAAUGUGUAUAAUAUGGACUAUGAAGAGCCGCCGGAAGAUCCAUGGGGUGACGAUUUUUGGGGCGACUGGAUUGACGAUGUCCCUGAUGAGAUAUGA